AAGAGCAGCCAUGGCCUCUGGAGAUGCUGAGAUGGCUGUUUUUGGGGAGGCGGCUCCUUACCUGCGAAAGUCAGAAAAGGAGAGAAUUGCAGCCCAGAACAAGCCUUUCGAUGCCAAGUCAUCUGUCUUUGUGGCUCAUCCUAAAGAAUCCUUUGUAAAAGGGACAAUUCAGAGCAGGGAAUCAGGGAAAGUCACUGUCAAGACUGAAGGGGGAGAGACCCUGACUGUGAAGGAAGAUCAAGUCUACUCCAUGAACCCUCCCAAGUACGACAAAAUUGAGGACAUGGCCAUGAUGACCCACCUCCAUGAACCCGCUGUGCUGUACAACCUCAAAGAGCGUUACGCAGCCUGGAUGAUCUACACCUACUCGGGUCUCUUCUGCGUCACUGUCAACCCCUACAAGUGGCUGCCCGUGUACAACCCGGAGGUGGUGUUGGCCUACCGAGGCAAGAAGCGCCAGGAGGCCCCUCCACACAUCUUCUCCAUCUCUGACAACGCCUAUCAGUUCAUGCUGACUGAUCGGGAGAACCAGUCCAUCCUGAUCACCGGAGAAUCCGGUGCCGGGAAGACUGUGAACACAAAGCGUGUCAUCCAGUACUUUGCAACAAUUGCAGCCAGCGGGGAGAAGAAAAAGGAGGAGCAGUCAGGCAAAAUGCAGGGAACGCUUGAGGAUCAAAUCAUCAGCGCCAACCCACUGCUGGAGGCCUUUGGAAACGCCAAGACCGUGAGGAACGACAACUCCUCGCGCUUUGGCAAAUUCAUCAGAAUCCACUUUGGGGCCACAGGGAAACUGGCUUCUGCUGAUAUUGAAACUUAUCUGCUGGAGAAGUCCAGAGUCACUUUCCAGCUCAAGGCGGAAAGAAGCUACCACAUCUUUUAUCAGAUCAUGUCCAACAAGAAGCCAGAGCUAAUUGAAAUGCUCCUCAUCACCACCAACCCUUAUGAUUUCCCUUUUGUGAGUCAAGGUGAGAUCAGUGUUCCCAGCAUUGAUGACAAGGAGGAGUUGAUGGCAACAGAUAGUGCCAUUGACAUCCUGGGUUUCACUGCUGAUGAGAGAACAGCCAUCUACAAGCUGACAGGGGCUGUCAUGCACUAUGGGAACCUGAAGUUCAAGCAGAAACCAAGAGAGGAACAGGCAGAGCCUGAAGGCACAGAAGUUGCUGACAAGGCUGCCUACCUGAUGGGCCUGAACUCAGCUGACAUGCUCAAGGCCCUCUGCUACCCCCGAGUUAAGGUGGGGAAUGAAUACGUGACCAAGGGUCAAACAGCACAGCAGGUUCAUAAUUCAGUGGGUGCCCUGGCAAAGGCUGUCUAUGAGAAGAUGUUCCUGUGGAUGGUUGUUCGCAUCAACCAACAGCUGGACACGAAGCAGCCCAGGCAGUACUUCAUUGGUGUGCUGGACAUUGCUGGCUUCGAGAUCUUUGAUUUCAACAGCUUUGAGCAGCUGUGCAUCAACUUCACCAACGAGAAACUGCAACAGUUCUUCAACCACCACAUGUUCGUGCUGGAGCAGGAGGAGUACAAGAAGGAGGGAAUUGAAUGGACAUUCAUUGACUUUGGGAUGGACCUGGCUGCCUGCAUUGAGCUCAUUGAAAAGCCAAUGGGCAUCUUUUCCAUCCUGGAAGAGGAGUGCAUGUUCCCCAAGGCAACUGACACCUCUUUCAAGAACAAGCUCUAUGACCAGCACCUGGGCAAGUCCAGCAACUUCCAGAAGCCCAAGCCUGGCAAAGGCAAGGCUGAGGCCCACUUCUCCCUGGUGCACUACGCUGGCACAGUGGACUACAACAUCACUGGGUGGCUGGAGAAGAACAAGGACCCCCUGAAUGAAACUGUCAUUGGGCUGUACCAGAAAUCAUCUGUCAAGACCCUGGCCUUACUCUUUGCCAACUAUGGUGGAGCAGAAGCAGCCGAGGCCAGCGGUGCAGGCAAGAAAGGUGCCAAGAAGAAGGGUUCUUCUUUCCAGACUGUCUCGGCUCUUUUCCGGGAGAAUUUAAACAAGCUGAUGACCAACCUGAGGAGCACCCACCCCCAUUUUGUGCGCUGCAUCAUCCCAAAUGAAACGAAAACACCUGGUGCCAUGGAGCAUGAGCUGGUGCUGCACCAGCUGCGCUGUAACGGCGUGUUGGAAGGGAUCAGGAUUUGCAGGAAAGGAUUUCCCAACAGAGUCCUGUAUGCAGAUUUUAAACAGAGAUACAAAGUAUUAAAUGCCAGUGCUAUCCCAGAGGGACAGUUCAUUGACAGCAAGAAGGCUUGUGAGAAACUUCUUGGAUCAAUUGAUAUAGACCACACUCAAUACAAAUUUGGUCACACUAAGGUGUUCUUCAAAGCUGGGCUCGUAGGCCUCCUGGAGGAGAUGAGGGAUGAGAAGCUGGCACAGCUCAUCACUCGCACACAGGCCAGAUGCAGGGGUUACCUGAUGAGGGUGGAGUACCAGAGAAUGGUGGAGAGAAGAGAGUCCAUCUUCUGCAUCCAGUACAACAUUCGUGCAUUCAUGAACGUCAAACACUGGCCCUGGAUGAAGCUGUUCUUCAAGAUCAAGCCCUUGCUGAAGAGUGCAGAGUCUGAGAAGGAGAUGGCCAACAUGAAACAAGAGUUUGAGAAAACUAAGGAAGAACUUGCGAAGUCUGAGGCAAAGCGGAAGGAGCUGGAGGAGAAAAUGGUGAAACUGGUGCAGGAGAAAAAUGACCUGCAGCUCCAAGUGCAGGCUGAAGCUGAUGCUUUGGCUGAUGCUGAGGAAAGGUGUGACCAACUCAUCAAAACCAAAAUCCAGCUGGAAGCCAAAGUUAAAGAAGUGACUGAAAGGGCUGAGGAUGAGGAGGAAAUCAAUGCUGAGCUGACAGCCAAGAAGAGAAAACUGGAGGAUGAAUGUUCAGAGCUGAAGAAAGAUAUUGAUGACCUUGAGCUAACACUGGCCAAGGUGGAGAAGGAAAAGCACGCCACUGAAAACAAGGUGAAAAACCUCACAGAGGAGAUGGCAGCCCUGGACGAGACCAUCGCCAAGCUGACAAAAGAGAAGAAAGCCCUCCAAGAGGCCCAUCAGCAGACCCUGGAUGACCUGCAGGCAGAGGAGGACAAAGUCAAUACACUGACCAAAGCCAAGACCAAGCUGGAGCAGCAAGUGGACGAUCUGGAAGGGUCCCUGGAGCAAGAGAAGAAACUGCGCAUGGACCUGGAGAGAGCCAAGAGGAAACUGGAAGGAGACCUGAAGCUGGCCCAGGACAGCAUCAUGGAUCUGGAGAAUGAUAAGCAGCAGCUGGAUGAGAAACUGAAGAAGAAAGACUUUGAAAUCAGCCAGAUCCAGAGCAAAAUCGAGGAUGAACAACUUCUGGGCAUGCAACUACAGAAGAAGAUCAAGGAGCUGCAGGCCCGUAUUGAGGAACUGGAGGAGGAAAUCGAGGCCGAGCGAACCUCUCGCGCUAAAGCAGAGAAGCAUCGGGCUGACCUGUCCAGGGAGCUGGAGGAGAUCAGCGAGCGCCUGGAAGAAGCAGGAGGGGCGACGGCAGCUCAGGUGGAGAUGAACAAGAAGCGGGAGGCAGAAUUCCAGAAGAUGCGCCGGGACCUCGAAGAGGCCACGCUGCAGCACGAAGCCACGGCUGCCGCCCUGCGCAAGAAGCACGCGGACAGCACAGCUGAGCUGGGGGAGCAGAUCGACAACCUGCAGCGCGUCAAGCAGAAGCUGGAGAAGGAGAAGAGCGAGCUCAAGAUGGAGAUUGAUGACUUGGCCAGUAAUAUAGAGUCUGUCUCCAAAACCAAGGCAAACCUGGAGAAGAUGUGCCGCACCCUGGAAGACCAGCUGAGUGAAUAUAAAACAAAGGAGGAGCAGAAUCAGCGCAUGAUCAGCGAUCUUAGUGCUCAAAGAGCUCGUCUACAGACAGAAUCUGGUGAAUAUGGACGCCAGGUGGAGGAAAAAGAUGCUUUAAUUUCUCAGCUGACUAGAGGGAAACAGGCUUUCACCCAGCAGAUUGAAGAACUGAAGCGACAACUAGAAGAAGAAAUAAAGGCCAAGAACGCCCUGGCCCACGCCCUGCAGUCCGCUCGCCACGACUGUGACUUGCUCCGGGAACAAUAUGAGGAGGAGCAGGAAGCCAAGGGGGAGCUGCAGCGCGCCCUGUCCAAGGCCAACAGCGAAGUGGCCCAGUGGAGAACCAAAUACGAGACGGACGCGAUUCAGCGCACGGAGGAGCUCGAGGAGGCCAAGAAGAAGCUGGCACAGCGCCUGCAGGAUGCAGAGGAACACGUCGAAGCUGUCAAUGCCAAAUGUGCCUCCCUGGAAAAGACAAAGCAGAGGCUGCAGAAUGAAGUGGAGGACCUGAUGAUUGAUGUGGAGCGAUCCAAUGCUGCCUGCGCUGCUCUGGACAAGAAGCAGAAGAACUUUGACAAGAUCCUGGCAGAAUGGAAGCAGAAGUAUGAGGAAACGCAGGCUGAGCUGGAGGCCUCCCAGAAGGAGUCUCGCUCCCUCAGCACGGAGCUGUUUAAGAUGAAGAAUGCCUAUGAGGAGUCCUUGGACCACCUGGAAACAAUGAAGCGGGAGAACAAGAACUUGCAGCAGGAGAUUUCCGACCUCACGGAGCAGAUUGCGGAGGGAGGAAAGGCAAUUCAUGAGCUGGAGAAAGUCAAGAAGCAAGUUGAGCAGGAGAAGUCUGAAAUCCAGGCUGCUCUGGAGGAAGCUGAGGCCUCUCUGGAACAUGAAGAGGGGAAGAUCCUGCGCCUGCAGCUGGAGCUCAACCAGGUGAAGUCUGAGAUUGACAGGAAGAUAGCAGAGAAAGAUGAGGAGAUUGACCAGCUGAAGAGGAACCACCUCAGAAUUGUGGAGUCCUUGCAGAGCAGCCUGGAUGCUGAGAUCAGGAGCAGGAAUGAAGCCCUGAGGCUGAAGAAGAAGAUGGAGGGAGACCUGAAUGAAAUGGAGAUCCAGCUCAGCCACGCCAACCGUGUGGCUGCAGAGACACAAAAGAACCUGAGAAACACACAGGGAGUGCUCAAGGACACCCAGAUCCAUUUGGACGAUGCUCUCAGGACCCAGGAUGACCUGAAGGAGCAGGUGGCCAUGGUGGAGCGCAGAGCAAACCUGCUGCAGGCUGAAGUUGAGGAGCUACGGGCAGCCCUGGAGCAGACGGAGCGGUCGAGGAAAGUGGCUGAGCAGGAGCUUCUGGAUGCCACUGAACGUGUGCAGCUCCUCCAUACCCAGAACACCAGCUUGAUCAACACCAAGAAGAAGCUGGAGACAGACAUUUCUCAGAUUCAGAGCGAAAUGGAGGAUACGAUCCAGGAGGCCCGCAAUGCUGAAGAGAAGGCCAAGAAGGCCAUCACAGAUGCGGCCAUGAUGGCAGAAGAGCUGAAGAAGGAGCAGGACACCAGUGCCCACCUGGAGAGGAUGAAGAAGAACCUGGACCAGACGGUGAAGGACCUGCAGCUUCGUCUGGAAGAGGCCGAGCAGUUGGCCCUGAAGGGAGGCAAGAAGCAAAUCCAGAAGCUGGAGGCCAGGGUGCGGGAGCUGGAAGGGGAGGUUGAUGCUGAGCAGAAGCGCAGCGCUGAAGCCGUGAAGGGUGUGCGCAAGUACGAGAGGAGGGUGAAGGAACUCACCUACCAGUCUGAGGAAGACCGGAAGAAUAUUCUCAGGCUACAGGAUCUGGUGGACAAGCUGCAAAUGAAGGUGAAAUCCUACAAGAGACAAUCUGAGGAGGCUGAGCAGCUCUCCAAUGUCAACCUCUCCAAGUUCCGCAAGAUCCAGCACGAGCUGGAGGAAGCCGAGGAACGGGCUGACAUUGCAGAGUCACAGGUCAACAAGCUCCGAGCCAAGAGUCGGGAGUUUCAUAGGAGGAUAGAAGAGGAAGAGUGAGAUUGUCAUGAGGUACAAAGUGACCUGCGGGCUGCACAAAGUGUGAACCCUUUGUCACUUCCUUCUGCAAUGUACCCACCUCAGUGUCUAGUGAAUAAAGAGUAGAUUCCUCUGCAAACACACCAUGACCAGUGCCGCCUUUGGGUUUGGUUUUCUCACCAUACUCGGGAUAUUGCAUUGGAGAAGAAGACUCCUUACUUUUUCCUGGUUAGGAAAGGGGAGCUGAUGCAAAUGUUGGACUGAGGACCUGCAAACUUAGAAUCUGGCCAUUCCUGUGGAGACUCCUGAAAAUCCAGCCUGCGCUCUCUUUUGUCUCCAGCAGCUCCUUGUCCUGCUCCUGCCUUCACGUGCUCCUAAUGCUUCUCUCAUUGUCCUCUCAGCAUAAGUUCUUUCCCAUGGGAGAGGCAAGAGAGGGUGAUCCCCUGUCCUUUUUCCUUUCCCUGCCCAUGUUUCUGAUGCUGCCACUCACAAACUCUAAACACCUACCCCUAAGUAAUCAGAGGUUACAGUGCACUGCACCGUCAAGGACCAACAGUCCCUUGAAAGAGACAAUUUUAGUCACUGCGUACUGACAGUGUCUCUACAUUGUGCCAUCUCCCUUACCCUGGAUCCCCUCAGCUGCUGCCACCACCUGCUCCCAGUUUCCUCUUAGUGGGCAAACAGCAGAGCCCCGCCUGGGGCCCCGUGCUGGAAGGACUCUCCCUUAGUACCCACCUCUCGCACAGCACGUGCACCAACACACCUCCUCAACAAUCACCUCAGAGGUCAGCCUUGGCACCUCCUGCACAACAGGCUGCACAUGGCACUGUCUCAGACAAGAGAAAAGAAGAAAACAGAUGGGUGCAGCCCUCCAUUCCUUCCUCCCAUUACUGUCCCUUGUGAGCAUUGGUGAGCAGAACUUCUGUCAGUGCUGUCAGUGCUGUAUCUCAGCAGAGAGCAAUGGGAGAUGGUUGUUUAGGGGCAAACCUCAGCCUUCAAUCACAAAGACCUUAAGAAAGCCACCUAACACCUGGUCAGACUAGUCCUCUCUGACAAUGUCUCACAGCAUGCAUUGACCUGCCACCACAGGCAGGGCCUCUUGGCCUUAGCCUUUGCCUGCCCAAGCCCACCUGUGAGCUGACUGCUCCUCUUGGGUGGCAGUCCCACCUGCAGGCAUCUCCAAAGCUUCAGGGGGGGCUGGGUAGAGUCUAGAUGGCACACAACAUCCAUGAGUAUCCCUGUUAGCUGGAAUGGCUGGUGCAAGCGUUAACUUCUGAGACUCUCUGAAACCCUGCUCUACAGACCCUGCACCAUCCUUUGCCUCCCAUUGCCUGCACCGAGGAAGCUUGAGGAUGUGUCACCAGAAUGAAGGAAUGCAGCCAGCAAAGCCAGGCAGAGGGAAGAGAGGAGUGAGCCCUGGCCCUACUGGCAAGUGGAACACCUGGAGAGUUUCUUUGAUGACUUGUCCAAAAGCGCUGUCUCAGAGGGCACCGGUGUGAAAAGGCAGUCAAGUCACUGAAGAAGCAGCUCUCACAUCAAGGGCUAUAACUGUGUCUGUUCUGACUUACCACAGCCUUCUUUAGACUGUUUCUUCCUCCAGCCUCCCGCCCCUUUCACUUGCACACAGUUACAUGCUCUCUGCUAUCUCUCCAGCUCUCACGCAUGUGGCUGAAAAUGAAGCAGGCAGCUACGUGAAGACAUCAUGUGUCUCCUUUCCUCUGCAGUGACAAAGGCCCAAAAUAGCCCUGCUCUCCUAAGAUUCCUGCUCAGGGUCGUGCCUGUCUGUGGGCAUGAUUCACUUCCACUAAUAGUGCCUGAGACAUUCCUGGGAGGGUAGGCUGCCUUCUGUGUCUCAGUGCCAUGUGCUGCCGUGGAGGAGCUGGACAACUGUGCUGUGUCCCAAGACAGCAGAUGCUAUUCUUACCCCAGGGAGGCUUGGUCCAGCACAGCUCCAUUCCCAGCUGAAAGGUUAAACGUCAGACUGCGGCCCGAGCGUGCUCUCCCUGCUCAGAGUCUGAAUCCAGAGUGGCCCCUUUGGAGCCCGUGCAACGGUGCUGUGCCAACCCAGCACCUGGGUGCUCUCCCCUAUCUCCUGGGACGUGCUGUCCCACGGGGAACACAGCAGCUGCCCAGGUACUUCCAGCAGUCAGCUGGGGCUCACUGGGGUCGAGGGGGCAUCCUCCCUCUUGUAAACCUACCCAUGGAAAAGGCGGGCUGGGCUGUAGCUCUGAAAAUGCAGCAUUUUCCAGCCUCCACCCUGGAGUCCCAGUCUGGGUGAGGAAGAAGGAAGAGGCAGGGCUUGCUCCCAGGUUCGGCAGCGCUGCAGGGGCCAUAUCCCUUUGCUCAAGCUGUGCUUUCCCAGCACUCGCUGAGCGAAGGCUGUAGGGCCGAAGCCGAGAGAUCCCCCAAGGGCCACGGCAGUAUCUGGGCUGAAGGAGGAGCCCUGGCCAGGCUGGUGGCCGUGACACGGUGCUCAUGGAGACCCAGCCUCACCUGCAGCCCGACUGCCUGGGCCCUCUGCAGAGCUCCGGAAAGCCCGUCCCUGCCGGCUCCGGCCCCGGGGCCACCGGACAGAGCACACCCAGACCGGGGCCAUCAGCUGGGCCCGGGCUGUGCCUGUCGCCUCAGCCCUGGCGCUGCUGCUCUGACGGCCUCGGCCCCAUCAGCUUUAUCCUCAGCCUGGGCCUUGUCACCCGACACGGAAAGACAGACAAGUUCCUUCAGGGACCCUUGGCAGAAAGACGAUGGAAUUAUUGCCGGGGGGAGCCGGGGGAGCCUCUCCCGGCCCCACCCGGCCCCUGUCAGUCCCAGGGAGCUCAGCGGGGCAGCCCCGAUCUCCCCCUCGGCUCCAGGCCCCACUGCCAGGCGAUGGCAGCCUGGAGCCAUCGCGGGACCCUCCUCUGGGCAGCUGCUCCUCUGCACAGCAGCCGCUCGGCCUCACUCAGCCGGGGGGCUUUAAACCUGCUGCAACUGCCGGGCCCACGGACUGGGAGCAAAUCACAGCACAAGGGUUCAAAGGCAACCAGGGCGCUCAGCCGGUUUCAUCUGCUCCCCACUGGGACAGAACAGUCAGGUGGGAUGGGCCAGAGAACAUCUGGGAAUGUUCCACUCACCAAUGCUGGAAGAAAAGACUCUGAGGUGACAGAAACAGACAGUGCUGCUGUGUUUCUUGGGAAAAGGGGCUUCCAAGCAUUUUAGCAGGAUGGAAUGGGAUCAAACUUAAAGGCAGAUCUGGAAAACUGGAAAAAAUAUUUGUAAUUUUCAGUGGGAAAUUUAAUGAAGAGAAUUAAAGUACUUUGGGAGGAUGAAAUCAGACAGAAAUGCAUGUGGUUUGUCCCUUGAGCCAGAGAGAAAAGCAAUUGGGGUCACGAGUUUUUACACACUUAGCAAUGUCAAGCACUUGUGAAAGUUACUUAAUCAUUCAAUUCAUUAUCAUAAUUGAAUCUAAGUAUUGCCAAUAUUUGUACAAGUAUUCUUUAUGUGGUGCACUGCUGCUUAAUGUUUGCUCCCUUUAGGCAGUGGGUUAUCUUAAAUAUAGCCUAAAGUAUUUUGAAUGGAGCACACUUUGUAGCUCUCUUCUGAAAAAAGGAAAAUAUUCUUGUAAGGAAGAAUAAGGAGAAGAGAAGCCAAAAUGACAAGUAUGAAGAAUAUGACUUAGAAAAAGCUUAGCUGCUAAGAAAGGAGGAGUCACUUGGUGAAGGGCCUGAAGCAGCAAACUUGAGGAACCUGAAUUCCCUGAACAGCAUGAGCAUGGAGAAAUUUUUACACAAGACUUCAGUACUGGACAUGGCAAGAAAGGAAUUCAGCUCCAUAAUUUCCACCUCUCUUGAGUGCAGCCUGUUUGGCAGGAGGCCAAAAGAGGAAGACAAGGCUAUGGUCAGUAUAAGUUCCUGAGUGACUUGUCUUUCUCCAAGGAUCUGUGAGUGGCAGCUGAAGAUACAGAGAAAUUUGGCAGGUCCCUAUUCCUGUAUGAAGAAUUAUUUUGUGAAGGUUACAUGAUAAAUCAGAUGCUACAUGCUCUCCACAUUACUGUAUUAACUAGACAAGAAUUCAAAAUUUCCACAUCAGUCCUCUGGUGUGGGCAACUGGGCAACUCUUCUUCCUAAUCCAUGUGAAAAGAUGAACCUUCUGAGAUAUUCAACUGUCCCCAUAACUUGUGUGGUGUUCUCAGGGCUGAGCUCUGGGUUUGGCUUCCAACCUGGGGCCCAAAAUGUGCCAGAGCACCCUUGGAGGGUCUCCUACAGCACAGGAAAUCACUUGAUGCUGUAUAUUGCACGGGAUCACUGACACUGGUUUUCUGCCCUCUUUGCUGUGAUAUUCACUGAGAUAUUUUAAUGAUUGAAAUGCAAAUGACCAGAAGACAAGUGUGUUUAGACCCAGAGAAUCUGAAGAAGUUUAAGUGAUUAGUGUAGAUCAAGUGUGGAUGUGGCACUUGGGGACAAGGUUCGGGGUGGACUUGGCCGUGCUGGACUAAUGGUUGGACUGCCCUUUUCAAACCUAAACAGUUCUUUGAUUCUAUGAUUCUGUGAUUACACCCUUUCCUAGAACUAGACCAGUACUAGAUCAGUUAGUUGCUUGCACUAUGAGCAACUCUCUAUCCCACACCAUCAACAUUACACAAGAAUUCCUGCAACUUCCUACUGCCUCUACUGCUCUGGUACAGACAGUCCUGUGUUGUUGGGUGUUUCUGGGACUGUGAAUGUGUAAAUACACUUAUUUUGAUGGCACGGCACUGCAAGACUGAGGAUUUAUCAGAAUGUAUAGUAGCUGGAACUGUAUGUUGAGGUGAUGAGUGUGAUUGUGUGCACGAGCAUGGCAGGGAAAGGCAUGCUGGUUUUGGGGGAGUUGCAGGUAGAGAGGGGAUAUGGGAACUACUGGAACUUCAUAUUUGACUGAGGAAACUCAUUAUUUAUGCAGACAAUAAAGGGAGCAAGCAAGCAUCAAUUUCAAGUAAAAAAUGAAAGACAGUCAACAGUGAGAGAGAGCAAAGUUUCUUGAGGAAUCACUUUUUAAAUGAAAUUUGCAUAAAUACAUAUAUUAUCUAUGCACAUACAAGUAUAUGUUUUGUUUUGAUGUGGUAGUGCAUACUCCCUUCCUCCUCAGGGCUGAUCUACAAUCUCAGGGAGUCCCAUAAAGCCUUGAUGUUUGUGUACUGAGUGUCCCUUGACUCUAUCAAGAAGCCUUGCAUGGCAAAGGUGGGAGCACCACUGUCCAUAUCAGGAAUUCCUGUUGCCUGGCUAAGGUGAAGGAUGAGAGAGGGAAUAAUCAAUCACCUGCUUAAAGCCUUGGAACUUUCCCUACCUGAAUUGUAGCCCAAGUGGAAUGGUACCAUUGUUGCUGGAGUUUUGGUAACUCCAGUAGAAUUGUUACUAGAGUUUUGGAAGCUCCAGUAAUUCCUGACCUGGAUUGUGGUCAGGAUGGAAAUUUAUGGAUGACUAAACCCAAACAUCUUGAAGCCCUUUAAACAGUGGUCACAGUGGUCCUAAGUGAGGCCCUUUGGGCUCUCCUGGACUGCAGCAUCUCCCUCUGACUGGGGCCUCUCAGAGCUCACAGACUCUCAAGUUUGUGAAAAUUGGAGGCCUGAUUUUCAAAAAAUUCACGAAAGCUGAUGACACGGCUGUCAGAGACUGAAACAGUUAAUGACUUAUACAUUCUAAGAUUACCAAAAGACUUUUGCAAACUGAAAAGAAGCAGUUUCUCACCCAGCAAAGCCCACUUCUCCCUGAAUACUGCCAAGGGACCUUUAGAUUAGAUAAGUGGAUGCCACUGUCCAGCUAUCUGGGGUGCAGAUGCCUGCCUGAGGCUGCAAACUGUAUUUCCAGAUAAGAGAAGAGGCUAAGAAGAGGCAAGUCCUGUAAGGUGGGAGAACCUUUUUUCAUGCCAGUGUCCUCCCUUUACAUGAUAACUGAGCAUCCAGCCUGGGCUAUGCAUCUCAAAUGUUGGACCACAAUGGACCAUGACUGAUGCUGACACAGUGGGCAGCUGCAGCUCUUUUAGGAGAUGUCAGAGACUCAGUGACAUGUCCCAUGGCACCAUCCAUUGUAAAAGUCCCCACCCCGGGGAGGUACAAGGUCUUCCCACCUGAGCUAGAAGUGUAUAAUAACUCAUAACAUCUUUGAGUUUUGGGGGGGCUUCCCCCACCCCCAACAGAUCAAGACCACCACUUCGACCAACAGACAUGGAAGCUGCAACUACCAAGUUUCAUUGUUGGAUCCAGUGGGUCGUGACUAUGUAUAUCUUUCCACCUUUAUGCUUUCUUUCCCUUUCUUUCCCUUAUGCAUUUCCUUAAGUGUUAUCUUUCUGCUUUAAUAGUGCUAUAUUGCUAUGCUCUAAUGUUGCAACAUUGCUAUAAAUUAUUGCUAUAGAUAACACCCAGAACAGCAAAAUAGCUAUUUACUUUUGAAACAAAAUGGUUCUAAAAUAAACCCUACAUAUAUAUGUUUACAAACA